AUGACGAUAAAUAUGCUUUCUGACACACAAAUAGUUGUACUUCUCAAUGGCCAUCCAGAAUUGCUAGAGGAGCUCACUAGAUUUUUUCUAGAUCCAGCUACUGUUAAUCCGCGCUUCCCUUUGGUUAGAAUUAUUGAUCCUCAUGCAGAAAGAAACCUUAGCAUGCAGCAUCAUACUGAUGAAAGAAAUUUUUUCGAAAGGUUGAAGAAUUUAGAGGUCCUCACCAAGGAACGUUUCCAAAAUGAUGAUCAUACUUACGAAUCCUUCCUAGACAUUAUAAAGACGUACAAGAAGGAGUGCAAGGGCAUCUAUGAAGUCUACCAUGAGGUUGUCAAACUUCUCAAUGACCAUCCAGAUUUGCUUGAUGAGUUCACUAAAUUAUUGCCAGAUCCUUAA